AUGAUGUAGAAAUCUCGUUCAGGCGCUCUGAAUGAGAAUGUAUUUGAGAUGUCCGAGCCGUCCCUGAACGCAGCACCUGUCUGGGCAGAGUGGGCGUGGCCAGGUGACUCAGGUAGGGAUCCGCAGCUUCCUGAAGGUGUGGCGGAUCUCUUUUCCUGUUCACACACAAAUCCAGAAAACCUUCCUGUUGUCAUCAUGGCGUCUUUAUGGGACGACUUGGACAGUCUGGUGAAUACUCCUUCAUCUUUUGAAGCGAAAAACGGAGAGAGAGGAAGCAUCAAACCCAAAGCAAACUUUGACGCCGGAGACGACGCUGAAGCCCUGAGGAACGCCAUCGAAGGACUCGGCACCAAGGAGGAAACUCUGAUCGACAUUCUGACCCACAGAAGCAGCGAGCAGAGGAAACUCAUCUGUGAGGCUUAUCAGGACGCCACCGGCAGGGCGCUGCAGGAGGACCUGAGUGGAGACACCAGUGGAGACUUUGAGGACCUGCUGGUUUCUCUGGUGACGCCGCCGGCCGUCUUCGACUGUCACCAGGUGAUGAGAGCCAUGAAGGGGGCUGGGACCUCAGACUGCGUCCUGACGGAGAUUUUGGCCUCCAGAACCAACGAACAGAUCAAAGCUUUCACUGAUGUUUAUCUGGAAGAAACAGAGAAGAAGUUGACCCUUGACCUGAAGGGAGAAGUUUCUGGAGACUAUGGAGACGCACUGCUCAUCCUGGCUGAGGGCGAGAGGGAGACCACGCUGGAUGAAGAUCAGGCGAAAGAAGACGCCAAGACUCUUUACGAGGCUGGAGAGAAGAAAUGGGGCACCGAUGAGUCAAAGUUCAUUGAAAUCCUCUGCCAGAGAAGCAUCCCGCAGCUCAGACGGACUCUUGUUGAAUACAAGAAGAUCAGCGGGAAAACUCUUCAGGAGAGCAUCCAGGGAGAGAUCUCAGGAGACCUGGAGGAGCUGCUGCUGGCCAUCGUGAAAUGUGUGAAGAGCGUGCCGGCCUACUUUGCAGAGCGUCUCUAUUACUGCAUGAAGGGCGGAGGAACAGACGAGUCGACUCUGAUCCGGAUCAUGGUGAGCCGCUCUGAGAUCGACAUGCUGGACAUCAGAGCCGAGUUCAAGAAGCUCUACGAGUACUCGCUGCACUUCGGCCAUCGAGCGGGUCAGGUGGUGAAGCAGAUGAACCAGCGGCUGAACGUCGGCUUCAGCGAGGCCGAAGUUCUCCACAUCUUCUGCGACACCUGCGAGGCCGUCGCCCGCCUCCACCAAUGCAAGACGCCCGUCAUCCACCGAGACCUCAAGGUGGAAAACAUCCUGCUGAACGACCAGGGGAACUAUGUGCUGUGUGACUUCGGCAGUUCCACUCACAAGAUCUUGCUGCCACAUAAAGACGGAGUGACCGCCGUGGAGGACGAGAUUAAGAAGUAUACGACCCUUUCAUAUCGGGCGCCGGAGAUGAUUAACUUGUACGCAGGGAAACCCAUCACCACUAAGGCUGAUAUAUGGGCUCUUGGAUGCUUGUUGUACAAGCUGAGUUUCUUCACUCUUCCGUUUGGGGAGAGUCAAGUUGCCAUAUGUGACGGAACCUUUAUCGUUCCAGAUAACUCCAGAUUCUCCUUCAAGCUGCACUGUUUAAUCAGGUUUAUGCUGGAGCCGGACCAGGAGAAGAGACCAGACAUCUACCAAGUGUCCUACUUUGCCUUCAAAUUAGCUGGAAAAGAAUGUCCAGUGCCAAAUCUCUUUAACUCUCCCAUCCCGACGUCUCUCCCAGAGCCGCUAACAGCCAGCGAGGUCGCUGCCAGGAAGAGCAUGACCAAAGCCAGGAUAACGGAGGACGUGGGUCCCACGGAGACGUCCAUCGCUCCCCGCCAGAGACCCAAAGCCGCCAACAGCAACGUGCUGCCGCCGCUCGCCAACACGGUGACACCGCCGCUCGCCAACACGGUGACGCCGGUCAAGAUGAGCGUCGCUGCAGCGCCCGUCAGCAACGGACAGAAAGCUCCCACCCCCGGCUCUGGGCAGCCCUCCAUGCAGCACCGAGUCCUGCAGCAGCUGCAACCUGGAGACCUUCGUCUGCAGCAACUGCAGCAACAGCAACAGCAUCAACAUCACCACCACCACCAACAGCAGCAGCAGCAGCAGCAACAAGCAGUGCAACAGCAACAUGCAAACGCACAGCAACUCCAAUACCUCCAGUACCAACAGGCUGUGCAGCAGUCCCUCCAGCUCCAGCAGCAGCAGCAGCAGGCGCUCCUCCAGCAGCAGCACAUGAUGAUGCAGCCCAUCUACCAGCAGCAGGUGGUCCAAGCCCAGGCCCAGGCCCAGGCCCAGGCCCAGUACGCAGCCAUGCUGCACCAGUACCAACAGGCUUUUGUCCAGCAGCAACAGCAACAACAACAACAACAACAACAGCAUCAUCAACAUCAUCAACAACAACAACAACAUCAGCAGCAGCAGCAGCAUCACCCCGCCCAGCAGCCUCUCCCCUACAUGCCCUCCCCUCUUGAGUUCCAGAUCCCGCUGGGUUCCUUUAACCCGACCACUCCCACUGCAGGACCCGGACCUGCAGCCGGACACGGACCUGCAACCGGACCCGGACAUGGAGCCGGACCCGGACAUGGAGCCGGACCAAUAGGGGGACCCUCACCUGUGGAUCCCUCCUACACUAACCCCAGUAGAAACGCUCUGCUGGCUGCAGACGGCGUCACGCCGCCAGCGGCGGCGCCGAGCUGCAACACGCUCACCAACCCGCCGGACAUGUCGCGCUGGAACCCGUUCGGAGAGGACAACUUCUCCAAGCUGACGGAGGAGGAGCUGAUCGACCGCGAGUUCGACCUGCUCAGAGCAAAGAAGCCGGUGGAGAGAACGUCCAGCGUGGAGACGGAGCGAGCUGCAGCCGGCGCCUCCUCUAAGCCCCUCCCCCCUCCAGAGGACCUGUUCGGCUCCGUCCCAUUCGUGGCCAGCGCAGGUUCAGAGGAGGUAAAGACCGAUCAGCCCGACGAAGACGCCGUCGUUCCCGUCCUCGUCUCAGCUGCUGCAGAGAGUCCGGCGCCGGUUGUGGCGGCGGCGGCAGUCAAGGAGCAGAAGCCGGGCAAAAAGAGCAGCUGCAGACCAGGCGACGAGUCCGACAGCGACUUCGAGUCCGACCCUCCGUCGCCAAAAAGCAGCGAGGAAGAGGAGCCGGAGGAGGAGGAAGGCCUGAACAGCGAACACGGCGAGGACACGGAGCCGGAGAACCUGGGACAGAGACCUCUGCUGAUGGACUCGGAGGAGGAAGGAGAGGAGGACGAAGUCCACAGCUCCGACUCGGACUACGACCCGAGCCGAGUCAGGAGUCGCUCCAAGAAAGCUGCAGGAGGUAAAGCAGCUUCUACCAGCAGCAGCAGCAGCAGGAGGAGCAGGAGGAGGAGGAGUCAGGAGGAGUCAGCCACGAUUCUGAUCACGCCUCCGGAGUCGCCGAGCGGGCCGAGAGCUGCUCCACCUCCCGAUCCGAGCGGGCCGAGAGCUGCUCCACCUCCUGACUCUGUGGAUGUGUUCGGUGCCGUUCCCUUCCUCGGAGGAUCCUCGGAGCUUCCUCCCCCGGAGAGCUCCGACAUCUUUGCCAAAGCGCCGUUCAGGCAGGUCAGCUACGAGGAGCGCGCGCCGGACGACUUUGACGUUUUUACGAAAGCGCCGUUCAGCCGGAACCUCUCCAAGUCGGGGAAGAGCGGCAGCGAGGGCCACGUGGGCCAAACGCCGCCCAUUUCCCCAGAGAGCAUCGACAUCUUCGGCUUCUCGCCGUUCCAGCCGGGCCCCGCUGCCGCACCGCCGCCGCCCACCACCUCCAGGAGCGCCGAAGACAUCUUCCAGUCGUCCUACGAGGAGUCGGCGAGUCCUCAGCAGCAGCGUCUGAAGCAGCGAAGCCUCCAGAAGCUUUCGUCUCGCCAGAGGAAAACCAAGCAGGAGGCGACGGCGGGCGGCAGUAACGGCAAACGGCACCACAGCACGCCGACGGGCGGCCGCAAGGCCAACAAGCCGACUUACCGCACGCCGGAGCGAGUCCGCCGACACAAGAAGGUCGGCCGCAGAGACUCGCAGAGCAGCAACGAGUUCCUGAGCACGUCGGACUCGAAGGAGAACAUCAGCGUCGACAUCACGAUGGCGGACGGGAAGGACAAAGGCGCCGCUCUGCCGGGAGACGACGCCGCCCUUCUCGACCCGUUUGGCGCCAAACCGUUUCACCCUCCGGACGGCGGCCGACACGGCCAGUUCCAAGGACUCGCCGACAGCAAGAGCGACUUGAGCGCCGCCAACGGCAAGUCCUGGACGGGCUCCCUGCACGCUGCUUUUGCGGUAGACGAUAGAAUGGAUGAUUUCGGGGCGGUGCCCUUCACAGAAAUGGUCGUCCACGGCGGACCGCAGCCGCAGCAGCCGGUGGCCGUGUCGGUGGCGCCGCCGCCACCCUCGCAGCCCGGCGACCUCGACCCGUUCGGAGCCGCACCUUUCCCCACGAAGCAGUGACUUGUCCUCGAGUCUUCCCACUCGUGCUGUUAACCCUUUGAUGCUCAACAUACUGACCCCUUCUAAAGCACAACAUGGUCAAAAUGUAAUGUUCCCCAUGUUAUUUAAUGCUGCUGUGUGUUUCUGUGCUCUAUCUUUUGAUAGCAACUUAUUUCAUGAUUGAAUAUUCCAAGUAAUCUUUAAAUAUCUUGUUUUUGAUAACAACAGAUCAUUAUUUCCAUUUUGCCUCUCAUACUUUAUGAAGAAAAACAGUUUUUGUAUUGUUACAUAGCUAACUAUUUAGCCAAGUAGUUAGCUAUGUAAUAAUACAAAAACUGUUUUUCUUCAUGAAGUAUGAGAGGCAAGAUGUUAGCUAAGUAGUUAGCUUAGCAAGCUACUUAGCUAAAUACUUAGCCAAGAAGUUAGCUCAGUAGUUAGCUUAGCAAGAUACUUAGCUAAAUACUUAGCCAAGAAGUUAGCUCAGUAGUUAGCUUAGCAAGAUACUUAGCUAAAUACUUAGCCAAGAAGUUAGC